AUGAAGUUUACACAAGUAGUCUUCGUGUUAAUUGUAUGGGAUAUACUAAUCUCCACAAAACUGGAAAUAACAAUGAACCCAAGCUGGAGAGUAAACAAAAAGGUGGAUCUUGGCGGAAACACUAAGACAAAAACACUCAACGAGAUUAUGGCGCAAAUCCAGAUUGACAAAAUGGAACGAGAAAAAGAGACAAAACGGCGUGAGCGUGUCGAGAUGAUUCAAUCUGUCAUCCGAAGUUGGGAAGUCCAGAAGGUACUCCCCGCACUCUUUGCAACACAUUUCGACAAUUUUAAAAAGACAAAAAAACCCUACGAGUACGAGAAAAGUGUGACAGCGGCCGCUCUGUGCAAACAGUUGCCCGACAUCCAACAAUGUAUGUUGCUAUUGAACUACAAAAGCAAGCACCCACUCAUCGGUAAACUUGCGUGGAAUUUGUUAUUAAAAGGCAAUGUGACGAACCCACGAAUGGUUCUCUCAUUGGUUACAACGUUUUCUGAAAAUCCAGUUUCCCCGCGCUUAUAUCCAACAUUCUCUUUCCUUUCCACCGUUCCGCCAAAGAUGCGAGAGGAGUUAAUUACAGUUUUGACAAACUAUCCGGGUGAUGGUUUACUGAACUAUUUAGAACUCGAAAGAAAUGCACUCACUCUGUCCCAAGAUUCACUCACUUUUCUCUCAUGUGCCAAUCUCAAGAAUAACCAGGAAUUAAUUGCAACUCUUUUGGAGAAAGACACAAAACCUGAGCAUGUCUUAAAGUACAUCUCACAAAGUAAGGGAGAUCAAUAUAACACGAUUUUGCUCCGGCUUUUCCAUAAGAAACUUGCACCACAAGUAGACAAAGCCUCAUUUUGGACACACGUUGAGAUAUAUAAGAAAAUCGCUAAGAGCAAAACACUUCUGCACCUUUUUUUGCAAAAUUUUCCAUUUCCGUUUUUGUCCUUGUUUGAAGACAUAUUGAAUAAGAAAGAGACAAAGAAGGAAGUAACAGAACUGUUUGUCGCGCUCUGUCACGACACUUUCUGUUCUCGAUUGUACAACUCGUUUUAUGACGAGUUGUGCCCGAUGGUCAAAAUGGUUCUGCCACUCCUCGAUUUAAAGCAAGACGAGUCAACAAUACAGGACUUACACUUGUUUGUGAGACAUACACCGUUCCCGCCUUCACUUCUGCCAAUUCUCAAAAGUGUCAAUCCGUCGAAAAACUCAUCGAUGUCGCAAAAACUCAUUUACAUAUUCUCUAAAAUCACGUCUAAUAUCGGUUACCACCCCGUGAUGAAAAUCCGGAGGGACUACUUGAUCGAGGACACCUUGGCGCAAAUUAACACUUGUGAUAUCAGAGCAAUUUCCAUUCAGUUUGUCGACAAAUUUGGCAUUGAGGAAGAUGGUGUUGACGGCGGCGGGCUGUUGAGGGACUACCUUUUAACAACACUCAAUCACUGUGUUGAGACACUCAAACUCUUUGAAAGGAAUUCUGAAGGGAUUUUGACAUUUGGGAAGAGAGAGAAAAGCUUGGUGGAGACAAACGAGGACGAUCUUUAUAUGAUGGUUGGAAGGUUAAUAGGGAAAUGCUUGAGAGAAAAGGUGUGUGUUGAUUUGGUCUUUUCCGAUGAUAUUUUGAUCGGAUUGAUCAAUCCCGAUGAUAAUUGUGUUAAUAUUAAUAUACUUGAAAGUAUCGAUCACGUCUUGGCCAAAAAUCUGCUUGAUUUGGCUGAUCUUGAUGAGGAAACACUCGACUCAUUGGAACUUGUCUUUGUGUAUGACAACAACUUACUGAUUAGUGACGGUGACAAAAUCAAAGUCAAUAGAGAGAACAUCAACUAUUACAUCUCUUGUGUUGUGUACCACAUCACACAUCUGAGAAACCUCAGAAAACUCCGGUCAAUGCGGAAUGGUAUUUUAAGUGUGAUAGACGAGGCUGAUUUGAUGCUGCUCUUCCCUGAUGAGCUACAGUACUGGAUAAGUGGUAAGUCGAGUGUGAUUGAUGUGAACGACUGGCGCCAAAACACCGUGUACCACAACAAAGAGGAAGACUCGAUUGAAGUGAGGUGGUUCUGGGAAAUGGUUGAAGAGAUGACUGAAGAAGAACGUGUGCUUUUGCUUCAAUUCAGCACUUCACUCAUCAAACCGCCAUUUUUCGGAUUUGGUUCUUUGGAGCCGAAAUUUGCAGUGUAUUUUACCGAAGAGAGUGGCGAUAGACUCCCAACAUCUUCAACGUGUGCGUACAUGCUCAAGCUCCCAAAAUACAAAUCGAAACAACAGAUGCACGACCAAGUGAUCAAAGCAAUCACCUCAAAUUCAGGUUUCGGACUUAAAUGA